CUGYCUUCAGAACAUUUCCAAAUUAGUACAAAUUGCAGUGUUUUCUGUUGGAUUGCAAAAUUUAGUAGGAAAUUCCUGUUCGUGCGCCAUCCUUGUGUGUGUAUACUGUUGAAGGGCAUUUAAGCAAAAAUGCACAAAACACACUUUGUUACAGAUUAAUUUGCCAGUCCAUUAAAAAGAAUUUGAGGUUCUUAUUACAUUUAAGCAAGUGGUUAAACUGUUACUGAUGAUCUCUUGCUGGCUGUCAUUUCACGUGAGAAGUAGAUUGUGUCAGCUGCUGACAUGUUUCAGCUCUUCCUUAUUGAAAUGAAGUGACUAAGCGAGCGAGAGUUGCUGCAUGAAGGUUUGUUUCCUGAAUGUGCCCUGAUGCGUUACGCUCGUGUCGAGGCCAGGUCUGCUGCACCACUGUGGCUGUAGCAGUGACAGAGAAGUUGAUUUCUCCAACAGGGAUCGUUUUGAAGCGUUAUCACAAUGGCUUUACAGUUUAAGGAUGCAUUUUGGGGAAAAGACUUCAUCAGCAGUGAGGGUUACGAAACGAUUAUUCAGAGACUCAACGAGGGUCGGCGGACCUGUAAAGACAUGGAGGAGCUGUUGAAAAUGAGGGCAUCAGCAGAGGAGAAAUAUGGGAAGGAACUGGUUUCAAUUGCUCGAAAAGCUGGGGGUUUGGUGGAGAUUUGCACACUGAAAGCAUCGUUUGAUGAAAUGAAAACACAAAUUGAAAAUGUAGGGAAUUCGCACAUUCAGUUGUCUGGGCUCCUGAGGGAGGAAGUGAGGAGAAUGGAGGAGUUCAGAGAGAGACAGAAAGAACAGAGAAAAAAGUUUGAAGCCAUCAUGGAGAAGGCGCAGAAGACAAAAGUCUUGCUUCACAAGAAAACAGUUGAGUCUAAAAAGUCGUAUGAGCAACGCUGCAAGGAGGCGGAUGAGGCAGAGCAAACGGCUGAAAGGAUGAGCAAUGCUCCCACGUCCACUCCCAAACAGAUCGAGAAGAUGAACAACAAAACUAAACAGUGCAGAGAAGCUGCAGUUGAAGCCGAGAAGCAGUACAGGUCGAACGUCGAACAACUCGACAAGAUUCGUCUGGAAUGGGAAACAACGCACAUGGAAACAUGUGUGAUGUUUCAGCAGCAAGAAGAAGACAGGAUCAGUGUUUUAAGGAACGCUCUGUGGGUGCACUGCAACCAUUUAUCCAUGCAGUGCGUGACAGACGACGAGUAUUAUGAAAAUAUAAGAAAAACACUUGAAAGCUGUGACAUCAUCGCGGACAACAACCAUUUUGUGGAGAUGCGGAAGACCAACCCAACCCCCCCAGCUCCAAUCGAAUACGAGGAUUACUACGACAAUAAUGCUUCAACAGACAGGAAUGGCAGUGCAGGAUUUGUUGAAGGGGUCAAGAAAAGGUUUUCGCAUCUUUUGACUGGAACCUUUGGCCCUAAACUGAACAUCAAUGAGACAAAUUUACAGCCCUCUGCAGGAACAUCUGACAGCGUUUAUGCUGCCAUUUCUGGAUCUCAGACGGCCCAGUCGAUCAACGAGGAGUAUAAAGCUAUAUAUGACUACAACGCACAGGGACAAGAUGAGCUCUCGUUAUGUGUUGGUGAUGUUGUGAUAGUUUUAGAUAAAGGAGACGAUGGCUGGUGGAUGGUGAAUAGAAAUGGCUUUUCUGGAUUAGUGCCCGGUUCUUUUCUUAGUCAAGAAUAAGUCUUGCCUGUCAGCCACCGGAAGGACUGAGAAACUACCAUUUCCACAUGUAUAUUUUGUAAGUCAUGUAAUUUCAGUUUAUCCGAACACUCGUCACGUGCAUUACUACAGCCGUGGCUAGAGCCGUCGGAUCUGCUCCAGGCCGGGGACAUUCAUGGGUGGAGUCUGCAUGUUCUCCCCGUGCGCACGCAUGGGUUUUCUCCAGGUACACCCACAGACCAAAAACAUGCAUGUUAGAUUAAUUGGUAACCCUAAAUAGACCCUAGGUAUUGAUGUGACGUUCACUAACGAUCCGAAUCUUUUGAACGGUUCUUUAUAACCCUAACCCUUGGUGGGAGCAUAAUUUGUUUAUCUCGGUGUCCCCGUCAUGGAACCGCCUCUCUCACAGUGACAUGGUGCCUGYGACCGGUAAAGGAAAAAAGCAGGGAAAGAAAACGAAUGGCUGAUAUUACUGCAGCCCCUGGUGGCAGCCAUAAUAAACACAGACAACAUAUUCACAUUACGCUCAGUGCAAUACUUAAACAGGUGAUAAUCAACAUAUUGGCAGCACGACGGCUCAGUGGUUAGCACCAACGCCUCACAGCAAGAAGGCCCUGGGUUCGAUCCCCGGUUCAGA